AUGAGUCUCGUUAAAGUCGCCACUUUCACUCAACAUCUGUUCAUAGUCACAUGCUUUCUGGCACGACGUUUAUAUGAUCUGAAUGCAUCAAAAUAUAGGAAUGAAGAACAACUGAAAUCUUUGAUCAAAGCUUCAAACAACAAGGGAAUCAAAGUCGUUGCAGACAUAGUUAUAAAUCACAGAACAGGGGAAAAGGAAGAUGGAAGCGGGAAAUACUAUAUAUUCGAGGGUGGAACUCCGGAUAAACACCUUGAUUGGGGAUCUUCCUUGAUUUGCAAAGACGACGACUAUUGCGUUGGCAAUGGAAAUCUCGACACAGGAGGUCCCAUUACAGCUUCCCCAGAUAUCGAUCACAUAAACCCUAUAGUCCAAAAGGAGUUAUCUGAUUGGAUGAAUUGGCUCAAGAUUGAAAUAGGGUUUGAUGGGUGGCGAUUUGAUUACGUAAAGGGUAUUCCUCGAGUUUCACCAAGAUCUACAUGA